AUGGAUUUUUACCUCCCAAGUGUAAAAUAUGAGCACGGAAGUGAUAUGGACAGCCGUUACUUAAGUAUCGCAGACCUUUCAGGGAUUCCAGCAUUAUUUCUAUGUCACCACAGCCUCCACCCAUCACUUAACACUGUUCCUGUAUGCCCUGGCCCAUUACCCCUUGCCAUGUGCCUUCGGGUAUCCCUCAGUAACACGUACAUGGCCCCUCCCAUGACAACGGGGGAUGCUCUAGCGGUCAACAUUACGGAAAGAACUGUCCAGGUCCGGUACAUUUUUCUUUCCAUCUACCGGAUGUCUCGACAUUUACCCCUUUUACAUCGGCAAACCAUGGAUAUUACAAUCGAGUCAUACAGCCACCAUCACGCUACUCCUUUUUUCGAAAGACCUUGUCCUUCUCCCGUCUAUGUGGCUGCCCACGCUUUAGUUUCACCGACAACUUCGCCCAAGGCUUUCGGUCACAGUCGACAAAGGAAGAGAGCCACGUCAAACGGCACACGGGUUAGGAGCUCAAGGCGUGGUCGAUGGGGAUAUAAGGGUUCCCGCAGAUAG